AUGCUGGCUCGAAGCCUGAUCCCGCUGCUCUCGGCAGUGAACUUCCUCGCCUUAGAGAGCGCAGCUCCCGUUCGACGACUCGCGCACCAUUCCUGUCAAGGAUAUGAUGAAGAGGUGGGCGGGUGUGAGGAACUGCCAGCUUGCUCUGUAUGUCAGCCACAAGACUGCGUUUUCUCUCCGUGGAAUUCCUGGUAUGAUGCGGGCGGAUGUAUUGGCUUGAAGUUCCGGGAAAGGUCGAAAGCCACCUCCAACAAUGAGUGUGGCAAGCCGUGCAGCGGAGCCCUGCUGGAGUCGGAAUCUUUCGUCCAAGACAAGUGCGUCAAGAAGGUCACCGACUGCAUGUUUGGCGUAUGGUCGGAAUGGACUCCAUGCCACAGCUCGGCGGACCAGUCGGUAAGAUCAAGAUCCAUCGUCCAGCAGCCAACUGACACAGGCAGACCAUGUGAGGGUCCUACCAAGCUAACAAGGCCCUGCGGAACGAGCAAGCAGCCAAUCGCAUGCCAGUUUAGCCCCUGGCGGGAAUGGACCACUUGCAGCUCUACUUGUGGGGAAGGCCGUCAUACCCGGCUGCGGCGGAUUGAUCAGGAGGCGCUGCAUGGUGGUGACAUUUGCGUGGGCGUGUUGUUGGAGACCGUGCCCUGUUCUCUGCCUCCCUGUGGUCGCAGCGAUUGCCGCGUCACCACAUGGUCGUCAUGGAGCGAUUGCGCCGAGGAGGGACAAACACAGCGCCUUCGGAGACGAACAGUUCAGCAAAUGCCGGCCGGAGGAGGCCUUGUCUGUCCCACAGAGUUGGUGGUGACGGCUGGGUGUCCUGCUACACCGCCACAGAACUGCUCCCUGACAGAGUGGACGCCAUGGACUUCUUGUGACAAAACGUGCGAUGGUGGUCAGUCAUACCGUGAGCGCCAGCUGAACCAGCCCAGCAGCGCCAAGGGCUUUUGUCCAGCAAGUGUGAUGAAGGAGAGCAUCCAGUGCAACACGGCGCCUUGCUAUGAUCCGAAGGAGCACGAUUGCAUCCUAGGUGAGUGGGAUGAUUGGACUUCCUGUUCGGCCCAGUGCGGAAAAGGCCAAAAACAUCGGGUGCGCCGGGUGACUCGACCUGCUACGAAUAGAGGAAGAGGAUGUGAAGGGCCGAUGUCGGAGCUCUUUCCUUGCGAGGACUCACAAUGCCAUCAGCAGGACUGCCGAUGGAGCGACUGGGAAGAGUGGUCGGACUGCUCCUGCACCUGUGGGGGAGGUGUGAAAAAGCGCAACCGUGUCAUCGCUGUAUCCCCUCGACAUGGCGGUAAGCUUUGCCCACCAGAAGUGAAAAGCGAGAUCUCGCCUUGCAACACCCAUCUUUGUGAUCGAGGGUGUGUUGAUGCAGUUUGGGCACCCUGGCAGGAGUGGUCCAAGUGCUCUGCGUCAUGCUCUGAGGGCUAUCGCUCACGUUCUCGUCUGAUUGAGGUCGAGGCCAACCAUUGUGGGUUGCCCGUUGGUGGCCUUCGUGAGCAAUUUGAAAGCUGCACCUCUGCACAGCCCUGUAUCAACGAUCGGGAUUGCCAACUUACGAUGUGGGCCAGCUGGUCAAAGUGCAGCUGCUCCUGCUUCGGAAUCCGGGAACGAACCCGCAACAUCAAGGACUUUGCCUCAGGGAAUGGAAAGCCAUGCGAUGGGCUUGCGCUCAAGGUCAUAGAAGCCUGCAACGACGAUGAUGAUGAUCCUGCAUCGCAGGCUUGCGGCGAACCACUGCCGCAGGAUUGUCAACUCAGCGAAUGGAGUGAGUGGUCAAAGUGCAGCUUGAGCUGUGGUGGCGGCCAGAAGGAGCGCAGGCGUGAGGUUCAACGAGAACCGGCCAAGGGAGGGAAGGCGUGUGACAAUUCGCUGAGCGUCACAGCUCCUUGCAACACGCAGCUCUGCCAGCCCGUGGUUUGCCUGGACUGCGAAUGGGGUGCGUGGUCCGACUGGGGCGACUGUUCGAGGUGUGGGGGCCAGCGCUUCCGCCAUCGUGCCAUCAUGAAAAUGCCCAACGAGUGCGGGAAAGUCUGUCAUCCACGCAGUGCGCGAGAAGUGUCCGCGUGCAGCAGCCACUGCGAAACGACCAAGUAUUGUGCAUGGUCGUCAUGGACCAGUACAAGCUCUUGUAAUACAGGAUGCGGAGCCUCCGCUGUUGUCAGGACAUCUGAAUUUGCAGAGGCUGCUUGUUUAUUUGUCCUACAACACAAGUCUUCACAGAGGGAGAGCGUGUCCGGUGCAUACCAGAUCGGACCAUGUUCACAGCCCAUGACUCUUUUGCUUGCAGUGACUCUGACGGAUUAUGGGAGUUGUGGGAUGUUGCGGGCAUCACUCAUCACCUAUCUGUCGCUCCCCUGCCUUGAAGUACACUGUUGUUUCUCUUCCAGCACGCGCAUUUCUGAGGAUGGGUAUGAUGGGUGGGAUGUCUGGCGCACGUGGCCGUUUUGGCACGAAUGGCUUUCCGAAAACAAUUCAUAG